AUGGCGGACUGAAUUUGACAGAUUCYAUGCAAAAACAGCAAGAAUUAUCCCUUUUCAUYUYCAAAUCGAUAAAACARCACUUCAGAAACCAAAAGRAAUAUGCGMAGUUCAUCUUCGCAUCUUAAAAGGGGCAUGUCCUUGGUAGAUAAAGAUGUAAACGGCGCUUCGAGCGCAUCGCCUCUGCACAACUUCGUCAAAGCAAAGAAGAAAAUCAAUAAAACCUUCGCAGAAAUCAGUGAUUUCUUGAUUGAAGCCAACGAUUUUAUUUGUGGAUGUCAAGUUUCGGAUGAAAAUAAAGCUGAGUUAAAAARGUUUGCUGAAGAGAUGGCAGGUUUUGUCGGCCAAGUUGCAAGUAUAGCAGAGAUGAUGACGAGAGACCAGAUGAAGGUGGCAUUCUUUGGUCGCACAAGUAAUGGCAAAAGCUCUGUUAUAAAUGCUAUGUUGCAAGAUAGAAUUCUUCCGAUGGGUAUCGGACACACAACCAAUUGUUUCAUGAGUGUCCAUGGAUCUGAUUCCCAGGAUCCUUUUAUUCUUAUUCCUGGCUCAGAGGAAAGAAGAAAUGUCACGGAGAAGAAUUUCUUUCAUAAAGUUAACCAGAAGUUAUCAAGACCUAAUAUAUUUAUUCUCAACAAUCGAUGGGAUGCAUCGGCAGGGGAAGCAGAUGAAGAAAUGAUGGAACUUGUCAAAAAGCAGCAUCUUGAAAGAUGUGUCAGUUUCCUGGCUGAUGAACUGAAGUGUGUCGAGAAAGUCCAAGCUGAAGACCGAGUUUUCUUUAUUUCUGCAAAAGAGGCAUUAAUGUCAAGAAUGCAGAGACAUCGUGGAAUGCCAGAGGAAGGUGGUGCAAUCUAUGUAGACGGGUUUCAUGGUAGAAAGUUAGAGUUUGAACACUUUGAGCAUAAAUUUGAGGAAUGCAUAUCAAAGUCAGCGAUACAAACAAAAUUUGAAUCUCAUGCUGUAAGUGGAAUGAGCAUUAUUAGCAGAGUCAAAGUAAUCUUGGAGACUAUCGCUGGCUGGGGACAUGAACACCGGUACGAGCUUAAUAAACAUAUCGAGAAUGGACUUGGUAGAAAUCUAAUGUCUCGCUGCUCCAACUCGCAAACACAGAUCAUUCACGAAUCACAGAACGAGAUGACAGAGGAAAUGAAGAAGCUUCUCCCCCAGUCAGCCCAAGAAAAUGUAAUGGUGGCCUCUCCUAGAAACGACUUUGAAGUUUCGUAUCGCCUUGAAAUCCAUGACUUGUGCAGUGAUUUUGAGGAAGAUAUUGAAUUUCACUUCAGUCUUGGCUGGGAGGCCCUGAUGAAAAAAUUCCUUGCUCCAAGAAAUGCUAAACUUGCUGUGGCCAUGGGCAAAAGCAUUGAACGCGAUGUUAAAAAUAUGAUGCCAAACCAAGACCCAGCUCAYCCCGGCCAAGUYAGCACUCGGCGAAAUAGUGACGUAGUACCGAGGUAUAAUGAUGACGAGCUAACCCUCGCAGUGGUGCAGGGUGUCGCAUCUCUGACGUCACGGACCACUACUUUGGUGGUAGUAGUUGGAGGACUGUUAUGGCGUGUAAUGGGCUGGAAAGUUAUCGUAUGCUGCUCUGGUCUCUAUACUGGUUUAUAUGUUAUUGAGAGRUUACGGUGGACGAACAGCGCAAAAGAAAAAGCUUUCAAGAAACAGUUUGGAUCGUACGCCACGGAGAAACUCCAGCUUGUGAUCAGCUUUACCAGCCAUAAUUGCAGUCUCCAAGUACAACAGGAGUUGUCAUCAACCUUUGCAAGACUACAGUCUUUGGUUGAACGAUCGAAAGAAGACCUUGAAGAAGAGAUCCUUGAAUUAGACAGUGAAAUAAAACGACUCGAGACCAUCGAAGAUAAAGCACGAGUAUUCAGAAAUAAAGGAUGYUGGUUUGAGAGCGAACUGGAAGACUUCUUAAAAGCGUUCGGUCUAACGAGAAGCAAAAUCUAACGGAUGAAUCGUAGGUGAAGUUUUUCUAGUUCGUCCGUAUAUGCGCUCUUUGAGCGUCUUUGUGUGGAACUAAACAAUACACAGGGAGCCCAAGUAAAGAACUGCAAAAUGAAUGGGCUUCUUGUGAUCUUAAUGUGAAGAAAUAUGGAGACUUUUGUGUUUCGACGAAACAUUUGAACGAACUGUGUGCGCUCCUUGAACGCAUUUGACUAUUUUAACGAAAAGCAAAAUCCAAUCGACGAGUAGUGAAGUAUAUAGAGAGAUUUUAGUUGGUUCGUUUAUGCGCUCUUUGAGCGCCUUUGAUUAAAAUCUAUGAGUAAAGCAACACACAGGAAGCCCAAAUAAACAAAUGUAAAAUUAGUGGGAUUCCCGUGAACUGAAAUACAUCAAGAAAUAAAACGCUUUUAAACCAUC